AUGAUUGCAGAGUUGGUGAGCAGCGCUCUGGGGCUCGCCUUGUAUCUCAACACCCUGAGUGCGGAUUUCUGCUAUGAUGACAGCCGUGCUAUCAAGACGAACCAGGACCUUCUCCCAGAAACCCCCUGGACCCACAUUUUCUACAAUGACUUUUGGGGGACCCUGCUCACCCACAGCGGCAGCCACAAGUCCUACCGGCCCCUUUGCACUCUUUCUUUCCGCCUAAACCAUGCCAUCGGAGGGCUGAAUCCCUGGAGCUACCAUCUGGUCAAUGUGCUGUUGCACGCGGCUGUCACUGGUCUCUUCACAAACUUCUCUAAGAUCCUUCUGGGGGACGGGUACUGGACCUUCAUGGCUGGCUUGAUGUUCGCCUCUCACCCCAUCCACACGGAGGCAGUGGCCGGAAUCGUGGGCCGGGCUGAUGUGGGGGCCAGCUUCUUCUUCCUCCUGUCCUUGCUCUGCUACAUGAAACACUGCUCUACAAGAGGCUCCUCGGCCAGGACCUGGGGCUGGUUCCUGGGGACGGGCAUGUGCGCCGGAUGCAGCAUGUUAUGGAAGGAGCAAGGAGUCACGGUCUUGGCAGUUUCCGCCGUUUAUGACAUCUUUGUCUUUCACAGACUGAAAAUGAAACACAUCUUACCCACCAUCUACAAAAGGAAGAACUUGUCUCUUUUUCUCAGCAUUAGUUUGUUAACUUUCUGGGGAACCUCCCUUUUGGGUGCCCGUUUAUACUGGAUGGGAAACAAACCACCAAGCUUUUCCAACUCUGACAACCCAGCUGCUGAUUCGGACAGCCUCCUGGCUCGCACGCUCACCUUCUUCUACUUGCCAACCAAGAACCUUUGGCUGUUGCUAUGCCCAGAUACCCUCAGUUUUGAUUGGUCAAUGGAUGCCGUGCCUCUGCUCAAAACAAUUUCUGAUUGGAGAAACUUGCACACUGUGGCCUUCUAUACUGGACUCUUCCUCCUCGCCUACUAUGGUUUGAAGAGCCCAAGCCUAGGAAGAGAAUGCAACGGGAAGUCUGUAACAAAUGGAAAGCAGAAUGCAAAUGGACAUAGCUGCCAUUCAGAGGUGGAGUAUGGGAACUCAGAGAUUAAACCCAGCUUUGCAUCCAAAGUAGAAAAUGGCAUUAGAAACAAUGCAUCGCAGAGAACACAGCUUCCUUCUACGGAGAACAUAGUUGUUCUGUCUUUAUCUUUGUUAAUAAUACCCUUUGUUCCUGCCACGAACCUGUUUUUCUAUGUCGGCUUUGUAAUUGCAGAGCGAGUAUUGUAUAUUCCUAGUAUGGGCUUUUGCCUCCUCAUUACAGUGGGUGCCAGAGCCCUUUAUGUCAAAGUCCAAAAGAGGUUUCUCAAGAGCUUGAUUUUUUAUGCUACAGCUGCAUUAAUUGUUUUCUAUGGACUCAAGACGGCAAUCAGGAACGGAGACUGGCAGAAUGAGGAAAUGCUGUAUAGGUCAGGGAUAAAAGUAAACCCAGCUAAAGCGUGGGGUAACCUUGGAAAUGUUCUCAAGAGUCAGAGCAAAAUUUCUGAAGCUGAAAGCGCCUAUAGAAAUGCUUUGUAUUACCGAAGCAACAUGGCUGACAUGCUUUAUAAUUUAGGGUUACUUCUACAAGAGAACAGCAGGUUUGCAGAAGCACUACAUUAUUAUAAAUUGGCGAUUGGGAGCAGGCCUACACUGGCUUCUGCAUAUUUAAACACAGGUAUUAUUCUAAUGAACCAAGGAAAGACAGAAGAAGCCCGACGCACAUUCCUGAAGUGCUCUGAGAUCCCUGAUGAAAACCUAAAGGACCCUCAUGCCCACAAGAGCUCGGUCACCAGCUGUCUGUACAACCUGGGGAAACUCUAUCAUGAGCAGGGACACUAUGAGGAUGCCCUUAGUGUAUACAAGGAAGCAAUUCAGAAAAUGCCUAGGCAAUUUGCCCCACAGAGCUUGUACAACAUGAUGGGUGAAGCAUACAUGCGAUUAAGCAUGCUCCCUGAAGCAGAGCAUUGGUAUAUGGAAUCACUGAGAUCCAAGACUGACCACAUCCCUGCUCAUCUUACCUAUGGGAAACUGCUUGCUCUAACAGGUCGUAAGAGUGAGGCUGAAAAGUUCUUCUUGAAGGCUAUUGAGCUGGACCCCACCAAAGGAAACUGUUACAUGCAUUAUGGUCAGUUUCUUCUGGAGGAAGCCCGCCUCAUAGAAGCAGCUGAGAUGGCGAAAAAGGCAGCUGAGCUGGACAGCACUGAGUUCGAUGUUGUCUUCAAUGCUGCCCACAUGCUCAGACAGGCUAGCCUCAAUGAAGCAGCUGAGAAGUAUUAUGAUCUGGCAGCCAGACUGCGGCCUAAUUAUCCGGCUGCUCUGAUGAACUUGGGAGCCAUCCUGCACCUCAACGGCCGGCUUCAGAAGGCUGAGGCCAACUACCUGCGGGCGCUACAGCUCAAGCCGGAUGACAUCAUCACACAGUCCAAUCUCCGAAAACUCUGGAACAUCAUGGAAAAGCAAGGCUUGAAGACUUCCAAGACCUGA